AUGAAUGAAUGGUUUCAUUGUAAUAAAUGUUUCUUAGUUGCCAACAAUGAUUCUCAAUUUUGGUUUACAUCCUGUGGGCACAUAAUUUGUGCAGAGUGCAAGAAGAAUGGAAAUUUAUUGUUGGGUCAAAAAGGGAUUUGUGUUGUUUGUUCAAAACAAGAAACUUCAAUUAUGAUGGUUAACAAAAAUAUGAAGCCAGAUCUUAUUCAUCUUUUUCGGCCACCAAAAGAUCUUUUACUUGAAUUUACUUCAAAAAUGAAGAUGACAAUAGACUUUCAAAAUGCCCAUCGUCAGCGUUUCUUUAAGCAUAUUCGUGAAAAGUACAAUAAAGCGGCAAAAAUAGCAAAAGCUGCUCAUGUGGAAAUCACCAAACGGGUUGAACGUGAAAAGAAUCUUUUGGCUGAGAGAAAUCAAGUAAGGAUGGAAUUGGAUAGCACGAAGGAUUAUGUCAGGCAAUUGGAAAAAGUUUUGGCAGAUCGUGAUCAGGAAAUUCAUCGUCUUAAACGAAAAAGUCCAAGUUUUGUCAAAAGAACCAGUCCGCAUUUAAAAGGCUAUCCAAGUUUGAAUGGAAACACACCGCUAUCCCGAGUUUCUUUCUUUGGGUGUACAACAAGCACUCCAAAUGACUUUGCGAAUAUUGCUGCUGGUUGUCUUGACAAUAGAAGGAGGAAUAAUGUGGGGGGAAAUGCUGGAACUGCUGGGGAAUUUGAUUUUUUGUCACAGCAAAGAGCGAUGGAAGAGGUUGUGGCUGGAGGGCCUUCUUUUAUUCCAAACACUCCUGCACUUUUGGGUUUACCUGCUGACACGAGGUUUUGUUUUUUUAAUAAAGUGCAUUUUAAACGAUUUUAA